AUGUGUCUUGCACAAGAUAAGAAAACUAGCACUUUCUUUACAAAUGAACUUGUCAAGCACCUUCCCCAUCUUUCAAAGCUGACCAUCCUGGCUGCUUCAAUGUUCCAACUUUUGAAUUAUAUUAUAAAAGACCGUCCAGACAGCCUCAAACAACAUCCACAACAACAUUUCUCAUCUUCACAUAGGCUAACUAACAACUUAACAAUAACAAUUUCAGCCCCUUAUUACACAAGGGAUCACAGAAUUCUACUACCUCUUCAUCUAUACUUGCACAAAUCUGCAGUCAUGGUUCUUAGAGGAAUUGACUUCGUUAUUUCAGAGGGGGGGGCAUCUCAGAGUGCUGGCAACUCAAAUUCUCCCUUAUUUGGUUCGGUAGAACUUUCCUUGUACUACACAUGGUUCUACAAAAUCCAGAGUUUUUUCUUUAGUUUCUGGUUUUUCCUUCUGUGCCAACUUCAUUCUAAUUACUCAAAGGUGAGCGAAGAAGAGCAGGUAUCAAAGCAUGAGUUUAACCUCCAAGAGAAUGAAUCAAAGGGAAGCAUAGAUAGCGAGAAUUAUCUUGUGAGGGAUGAGGUUAAAAUGAUGAUGGCAAAACUUGGAUUUUUUUGCAGCUCAGAAAGUGAGGAACUUCAGGAAAAGUAUGGUUCCAAGGAGCUUUCUGAACUGUUUGAGGAGCAGGAGCCAAGUCUGGAGGAGGUGAAACAGGCUUUUGAUGUUUUUGAUGAGAACAAAGAUGGGUUUAUUGAUGCUAAGGAGUUGCAGAGAGUUUUGUGUAUUUUGGGAUUGAAGGAAGCAGCAAAACUUGAGAACUGCCACAAGAUGAUCAGGAUCUUUGAUACAAAUCAAGAUGGAAGAAUUGAUUUCAUUGAAUUUGUAAAAAUUAUGGAAAAUCGCUUCUGCUGA